CUGGCAUAAAGAUAAACUGUUAGCCAAGGCAUACUCUCAUAAUGCUGGGUAUACAUGAGUGUUAAAGGAAGUUAUGUGGCAAAAGAGCCGUUAAGGAAGUCAAUGCAACUGUAGCAUGAAGAGAAAAUGAGGAAGCAAGAGAGCAUAGAUAGUUCCAGUUGGUAGGUUUUUAGCCUGCGCCUUCUUCAGCUCUGAACUACUUCAGCUGCAGUGUACGCAUGGAAGAAUCAGUCGUUUUCCUGUGUAUAGCAAGCAUUUGUCUAAAUAGUGGGUUUUGUUAGUAAGGUGUAACAUUGGUUACAUGCAUCUGAAGCUGAAGAAGAUAUUGUACGUACUAAGGCUGAAAAAAACAGGAAAGGAUUCUUUGUUCAGCUGCUGACUGAGUGAGGGUGGGACAGCAGAAACACAACAGACAGAAGAGAAGCAGACGUGCUUCUGAACGUGCUUUCCCCUCCUUAAACAUGGCAGAUAUUGCCCAGAAUCUGCCAUACUUUUUUGGCAAUAUUACUCGUGAAGAAUCUGAAGAUUACUUGAGGCAAGCUGGUGCAGCUGAUGGCCUGUAUCUGUUGCGUCAAAGUCGUAGCUACCUUGGUGGUUACGCUCUAUCAGUGGCACAUGGCAGACAUUUUUACCAUUAUACUAUUGAAAGAGAGUUAAAUGGGACUUAUGCAAUUUCAGGUGGCAUAUCUCAUAGCAGCCCUGCUGAACUGUGUCAUUAUCACACACUAGAGAGCAGUGGACUUGUCUGCUUGCUCAAGAAACCAUGCAAUCGGCUACCUGGUGUUCAACCAAAAACCGGACCAUUUGAAGAUCUUAAAGAACAUCUCAUCAGAGAAUAUGUACAUCAAACAUGGAAUUUACAGGGUGAAGCUCUGGAACAAGCUAUUAUCAGCCAGAAACCUCAGCUAGAGAAGCUAAUUGCCACAACCGCACAUGAAAAAAUGCCAUGGUUCCAUGGAAGGAUUUCACGUGAAGAUUCUGAGCAGUUACUUAUCAGUGGAGUAAAAUCAAAUGGAUCUUUUCUAAUAAGAGAACGAGAUGAUAAUGGAUCAUAUGCCCUAUGUCUGCUACACGACAGAAAGAUUUCUCAUUACCGUAUUGACCGAGACAAAACUGGAAAGUUAUCCAUACCAGAUGGGAAGAAAUUUGAUACUCUCUGGCAGCUGGUUGAACAUUAUUCCUACAAACCUGAUGGACUUCUGCGGGUUCUUACAGAACCAUGCCCCCGAGCAACUGGACACAGUGAAAGCUUUAUAUUUAAACGUGCACCAUGUCCAGCACCUCCUACCCAACAUCAAAUGAGUUGGUCAGCAGGUGGAAUUAUCUCGAGAUUCAAAUCCUACUCCUUCCCCAAGCCUGGCAACAAAAAGAUGACACUGAGUACUGCAGGGGCUCCCAGGCGGCACGGAAGUUCUACAUCAAUAAAUACUUAUGUACAUAGGCCAAAUGCAGAAGUCACAAUGGAUUCUAUGCCUAUGGACACUGAUGUCUAUCGAGGAAUAUAUGAAGACCCAGAUGAGUUCAGACCCAUGGAUGGCAAAAUAUCUCGGGAACAGCUUACUUUGUUUGAAACUGAGCUAGGCUCUGGCAACUUUGGAAAUGUUAAGAAAGGAGAGUUAAAGACAUCAAAAUCUAAAAAACCAGUAGCUGUCAAAAUUCUCAAAAAUGACAGCAAUGAUGAGUCAAUGAAGGAUGAGCUGCUCAAAGAAGCCAAAGUCAUGCAGCUGCUUAAUAACCCUUACAUUGUGAGGAUGCUUGGAAUCUGUGAAGGGGAAUCGUGGAUGCUUGUCAUGGAGCUGGCAGGACUCGGGCCUCUAAAUAAGUUCUUGGUUAAAAACAAGAAUGUCACAGAACAUAAUGUAACAGAGCUUGUACAUCAGGUUUCCAUGGGAAUGAAGUAUUUAGAAGAAACAAAUUUUGUCCACAGAGACCUGGCAGCACGAAAUGUUUUGCUGGUCACACAACAUUAUGCCAAAAUCAGUGAUUUCGGGCUUUCCAAAGCACUUGAAUCUGAUGAAAAUUAUUACCAAGCAAAGACUGCGGGUAAAUGGCCCAUGAAAUGGUAUGCCCCUGAAUCAUUAAACUAUCAUAAGUUUUCAAGCAAAAGUGAUGUAUGGAGCUUUGGAGUUCUGAUGUGGGAGGCAUAUUCCUAUGGUCUAAAGCCAUAUCCGGGAAUGAAAGGUAAUGAAGUGACAGCUUUUAUUGAAUCUGGAAACCGCUUGGAGUGCCCGCGACGUUGUCCUGCAGAAAUGUACAAUUUAAUUAAAUUAUGUUGGACAUAUAAGACAGAGGAGCGACCAUCUUUUGCUGUAGUUGAACUGAAACUGCGCAGUUAUUAUUAUGAUAGUUCUCACUGAUUUGAAGCCAAAGGGACAGACACAUUUGCACAACCAGGAACUUUUUCAGGGUGUUUGGGUGAUUAGUGCACAUGUGUAUAUCUGUGUGUGUGUGUAUGUGUGUAGGAAUGGGUUCUAUUAUCCAGAAACCCAGUAUACAGAAUGCUACAAAAUACAGCAGUGUCCUUUUCCAUAGAGUCCUAUUUAAGUCAUCAAUUCUUCUUUCUUUAGUUAUUUACUUUUUCUUUGUUUUAAUAGAGCAGUUCCAUGUACUUGAUGGUAAUGUAGCUAAUCCAGGUUGGUGGCAACACAAUCCUAUUGGAUUGUUAUUUGCUUUGAGCUAUGGUGCUCCAAAUUACAGAAAGACCCCUCAUCCUGAAAGCCUCAGGUCCCCAGCAUUUAGGAUAAUAGAUUCCAUUCCUCCAUUUGAAUAUGGCCUUUUUAUGUGUGUUUUUUAAAUUCAAAAUAGGUAUAUGUAUAUGAAAACAUCUUUAUUUUUUAGCAGUAUGGUGCUGAGAAUACUGGAGCAUGUAACAGUUAUUAUAACUAAUAAAUGUUUAUUUUAUACUUAAUUAAAUGCUCUUUUAAUAUAUAUAUACCUGUCUGUAAAGUCUAAUAAUGUACCAAAUAAAACAGUUUUCAGUA